AUGUCAAGUGUCUCCAAAAGGAUCUCCUGGGUAAACCCCCAAAAGCCGAUCGACAACGGCGAAUAUUCGAAUUGCCAGUCGCUGCCACCUAUCCUCGAGUUCAUCUCAGGCGCCAUGCCCUCUUCCUAUCCUCCCACACCAUCGUCUAGCAUACAGCCCGACUCCAUCUUACCUUCACCUUUUGCACCUGCUCCUCGCCCAUACCCCGAAGCUAAGAAGCACUCGUCUCCCCAAGCUCCGCAUUUGGCUUUGUCAUUUUCCCUCCGACAGGAUACUUUGCCGACCUCAGACGCGCUGAGGCCCCCUUUCAGCAAUCUUCCAUCUCUAUCACCAGCCUCAGACCGACACCCAAACCCGUCAUCAAAGCCAGACAUACCCCGUCCACCUCGUUUCCCGGAGCAGCGAAAGCCUCCCCGGCCUUCUCAUCAAUUAAAUGGAGUGUAUGCGCACCCUCCACCACCACCAGCUCUGGUAUCUUAUCAACGGGAUCGACUACCUCCUGGGCAGUUCCCACUGCCUUUGCAUUCCAUUUCCACUCAACACGCUAUUUUACCCCCGCUCCGAGGCAGUAUGACCUCAGAUCUAGUGCCUCAUGCUAAGGAGGGAGAUUACUGUGCUCGAGCCAGAUACAAUGCCACUAUUAAUGGGCACUUUGAGAGCUCGAUCUAUCAGGACUCGCUGAGUUGGCUUGCAACCUCGUCACGAAAGAUUCUCAAUUUUGCAGAGGCCUACAGCAGAAUCGCCCCAGAACAGUACGGAGCAUACUCUGUUCCCGAAAGACUGCCGACAGAACGAAAGGUCGACGAUAUGCUUAGAAACGUCGAACUCGCCAAGCGUUGGUUGGAGCAAGUGAGAGAUCUGAUGCAGACGGGGAUCCAGACCCAGAGGCAUUAUGGGAGAGCGAAAAUAGAGGGUCCUUGCGAGCCCGGAGAUGGGAUGAUGCCUCGACACAGCACCAUUAAGUUUAAGAAGCGGGGAAAGUUAGCUGCGACCCCAGGUAGAUGCCAUAGCUGUAAUAGGGUCGACACACCAGAGUGGAGGCGCGGUCCGGACGGCGCCAGGACGCUUUGCAAUGCCUGUGGCUUGCUUUACGCCAGGCUGGAGAGGAAACGACAGCUUGAUGCGAGGCUAAUUCGACCAAAAUCUGAAGGACUCAGACUAUGA